AUGAACAGCUUAGGUAUUUAGAAUAAUAGAUUUCAUCAAUAGGCUAUUGAAAAUCGUAUGAAAAAUUAAUGUAAUGAAUACUUCAUUAUGAAUAACGGAAAAAAGAAAUAAAAGAAUGAAUAUUAUGAAAAAUGGUUGAAAUAAAGAGAGAUGUAAUCAAAUGCAUCUACAGAAACAUAUUUAGACAUAAUUACACCCAAUCUUCCAUAAGCUAAGAUUCCUAAUACAUUUUAAGUUAAGUUGAUGAAUGACAUUUUAAAUAAUAAUAAGAACUUAAUGAAUUAUUGA